AUGGCUGAGGCUUUUCGGCGCCCGGCGGGGACGCACCGGAAGCUUGUUGCGGUUCUCGCCUGCCUGCUACUCAGCUGCCCUCUGCUGCAGGGACAGAUACCCUCGCCCGGGACUGACCAGGAGCUCUACCUGCCGGACCCUGGAGGAGACCGUGGUCGUAACAUCCCCGACGGCUCCGGCAUACUGAUCGCCAACCCCGGGAUCCAGGUGCCUGUGGGGCGUUCGGUUUGGCUCGACCCGCUCCGGGACCUGAAGAUUCGGGUGCAGGCUGGAGACCAAUGUGAAGUGACUGUAUUGGACGCUCCGCCGCUACAAACAGGAGCGCUCUCCCCGCGCAGCUUUCCCUGCGCCUUCGGGCCCCGCCAGGUCCAGUAUACUCACUUUGGCGCGCGCAGCCCAGUGCGCGCACGGGUGCCGCUGCAACUUCGCUACGACGCUGUGACUUACUCGCUGGUGCUGCCCUUCACGUUGGCGGUGGACGUUGUCUUCUCCCAGUUGGAGCUCGUGACGCGCAACUGGCCCUUGGCACUGGAGAAGCUGCGGGGCUGUAGCCACGCCAUCGACAGACGAGUGCUGGGUUUCGCCUCCCCAGAGUCCGGAGCCACGGUCGCCCCCAAGUGCCGGCUCACCCCUCUUCCACUUGAAGGCAGUCCACUGCCCAAGUAUGGGCGCUUGGUGGACGCUGUGGGGAUCCCUCUCCCCAGGGGCAGAGGAGUAGACUGUGAGACUUUCAUCAGGGCUGGGGUGCGCUACCAGCACAUGGCCACCACCCCUUCACCCAACCGGGACUAUGUGCCCAUGAUGGCAGAGCUGCUAGGGCCAGGGAACCAAGGCACUGGGUCAAUGGAGGUGCUGGCCCGCGAGUACUUCCAGUUGUUGGUGAAGAUCCAUGAGGGAACCCAGAACACUGCACCUCGACCCAGCUUCCUAGCUAUGAUGAUGAUAGAGGUUGAUCAGUACAUGCUAACAGCCCUGACCCCUGAUGCCCUGGCUGCCGAGGACAAGGAGUCAGACCCUGAUGACCUGGUUUUCAACAUUCUUAAUGCCCCUAGAGUUUCACCAGAGUACCUGGGUCAACAGGGGUACAUGGUCAGCACCGACGACCCUCUGGGCCUUCCAGUGUUUUCUUUCACCCAGCGGGAGCUUCGGGAACUGAAAAUUGCCUAUCGGUCUCCUAUACAGAACUUGCCAGAGGAAUUCGUCUUCCAGCUGAAGCUGGAGGUGAUGGAUGGAGAUGGUGCCACCUCAGACCCCUUUGUCUUUGUGGUGGUAGUAAAACCUAUGAAUUCCCUGGCACCUGUGGCUACCUAUAACAGGGGGCUAGUACUUUCUGAAGGCCAAUUAAGACCCUUGGCCAGUGCCCACAGCCUGCAGAUAAGUGACAAAGAUAUGCUGGAAGAGGUGAAAAUGACUGUGGUCAGAGGCUUGAGACAUGGGCAGUUGGUGGUGCCUGGAGCAUCUGUUGGGUGCCAGUAUUUUACAGCAAUGGACCUGGCAGCUGGACGAGUGGCGUACCUGCAUGACGGCACUGACACCUAUAGUGAUAACAUCAUCUUCAGGCUUGAGGAUAAGCGCCACCAGGUGGAAUUCCUCUUCCCGCUAACCAUUAUACCUGUUGAUGAUGAACCACCAGUAGUCACUGUCAACAUGGGACUAUCACUAACUGAAGGGCAGGUGGUUCAGAUCUCUACCUUUGUCCUCAGUGCUACUGAUAUUGACUCUGAGGACACCACCAUUCGCUUUGUACUGGAAAAUCAGUUUCUGGAAGAAAAAGAGGGAGGAAGAGGUUGGGAUCAAACUCCUGGUUCUGCUCACUCAAACCAGCACCUCGGGGAGAUGUUGCUGAGGCAGAUUGAACCACCUCUGUCUCCCAUAGAUGAAGAGUGGCAUUAUGUGGAAAAGAAAGGCUUUUAUGAGAAGGCAGUGACCGAGUGGCUACAGCGAGAUAUAAUAGAAGGAAGACUCUUCUACCACCAUCUUGGACCCCACAGCCCUCAAUCUGUAUUGGCUCACCUGACUUUCCAUGUGCAGGAUGACCAUGAGCCACCCAAUGUAUCCAACCAGCAUGUCUUCAUUGUCAAAAUUCACCCAGUGGAUCUACUAAGUCCAGAGUUGUAUCCUGGAACUACCCUAGAAAUGAAUGUUCAAGAAUACCAACUUACUUACUUCCAGAAGAAAUUCCUCCGAUACAUAGACCAACACUCAGAUGACCAGAACCUACAAUACACUCUACUGACACCUCCAACUGACACAGACGACAACCACCAAGUCCCAGUUGGAAAAAUUGUGCUUACUGAUGUGCCAGACACACCCAUCGUGCACUUUAACCAGGCCCAGGUAAAUCACCAUAAAGUUGCCUAUCAACCUCCCCAGACAAAACUGGGUAUUGUACUCCAGGUUGUGCAAUUCACUUACCAGGUAGAAGAUGCUGCAGGCAAUAGCGUAUCAGGAACAUUCACAUUAUUCCUGCAGCCUUUGAAAAACCAGCCUCCACAAGUCACUAACAGAGGCUUUAAUAUCUUGGAAGGAAACAGCUUUAUUCUCAGCAGUAAUGAGCUAGAUGUUACGGACGCUGACACAGAUGCUGACCAGAUCAUCUUCAUGUUAAUACAGGGUCCCCAACAUGGACACUUGCAGUUCUUAAAAAAACUUAUGGUGCCAGGAGAAUCUUUCAUGUACGCUGAUAUUGUCAAUGGAAGUGUCUCUUACCAGCAUGUCAGAGACCAGACUACCGGUGAUACUUUCCAGCUAGAGGUAAGUGACCGGGUACACUGUGUACCCAUCACUGUCCAUAUCUCUACGCAGCCCACUGAUGACAAGAGUACUAGGAUCUCUAUCACGGGUAGACCACUAUUGAAUGUCUCCAUAGAUGUGCUAGAGAAUAAAGCCACUGAGAUCACCAUGAACAUCAUCCAUGACCAAAAGGACUCAAAUGAGUCAAUGAUGAUUUUUAUUGUAGAGGAGAGUCCCAAACUGGGCACUAUUCUGGUAGAUGGUUUGCCCACAGAACGAUUCACUCAAGAGGACCUUGUUAGUGGGGCCAUAACCUAUGACCACACUGGAGGUGAAAUUGGUUUCCAAAAGCAGCAUGAUACCUUCACUCUCACCCUCUACAAGGAUCCUUUUCAAUGGGUGUUGGGGGACAGCAUAAAGAAGAGGGUUCAUGUACAAGUGACUGUGCUGCCUGAGGACAAUGUGGCCCCCAUGGUCUCAGUGAGGGAGUCCUACAUUGUCUAUGAAGGUGGUAAGAGUUCCUUGACCUUGCACCAUCUCAGCAUUGAAGAUGUGGACACUCCCCAAGAUAAAAUUUUGUGCAUAGUGACUAGUCAGCCAGCUUCUGGAUACCUGGAAAAUAUUGCACCCGCUUCUGGCUCAGAAGAACCAAGGAUUGGUAACCCCAUCAGUGCUUUCUCCAUCAGAGAUAUUCAAGCAAGGCAUAUCAAUUAUGUACAGAGUAUCCACAAGGGGGUAGAACCACAAGAAGAUAGACUCACUUUUUAUUGCUCAGAUGGUAUUAACUUCUCCCCCAAUGUCUUCUUCCCUAUAAUCAUCUUACCCACCAACGAUGAGUCGCCUGAACUUUUCACCCAUGAGUUUGUGGUGUUAGAGGGGAUGAGCCUGGUCAUAGACACCCCACUACUCAAUGGAGCAGAUGCUGACACGCCACCUAAUGAGCUUCAUUUUCAGCUCACAGCCCUCCCUCAGCAUGGACGGAUCAUACAGCAGCUGGCCACAGGCAGCCAACCCAUCCACAGCUUCACCUUAGAGGAGAUCCAGGAGGCCUCCACCAUCGUGUAUGAACAUGAUGACUCAGAGACCACAGAAGACAGUUUUGAAGUCUGGCUAAGUGAUGGCAAGCAUACCACCCACAGGAAGGUACCCAUCACAGUGAUCCUGGUAGAUGAUGAAGCCCCUCAACUGACAAUCAACAAUGUGCUGGAAGUGGAGAGUGGACACACUGAGGUAAUCACAAACGCGUUCCUCAAGGCCACUGACCUUGAUUCAGAUGAUAAAAGUCUCAGUUUUGUCCUCCGUUCUGGUCCUCAACAAGGGUUUCUACAGCAACUAAGAAAACCCAGAGAAGUGAGGAACAAUCUGACUGUUGGAAUGAACUUUACCCAGGAUGAGAUUGAUAAAGGCCUCAUAACCUAUACUCACACAGGCCAGCAAGGGAUUCAAGACCUUAUCAAAUUUGAUGUGACUGAUGGGGUUAACCCUUUAAUAGACUGCUUCUUCUAUGUGACAAUUGGCAGCUUAGAUAAAAUCUUUCCUGAGGUGGUGAGCAAAGGAGUCCCCUUGAAAGAAGGUGGUAGAGUGACCCUCACCACACAUCUACUUACCAUCAGUGACAUCGAUGGCCCUGAUGAGCAGCUUUACUUUAGCAUCACACAGGCUCCUAGCCUGGGCCAUUUGGAAAAUUUGGACCAUCCAGGGGAACCCAUUGAAUCUUUCACUCAGCUUCAGUUGGCUGGCAACAAAAUAUUCUAUGUUCACACUUCCGAUGAUGAGAUAAAGACAGACAGCUUUGCAUUUCUCAUAACUAAUGGACACAACACUGUGUUUAGAACCUUCAGGUUCUUCAUCAUGGCUUUAGAUAGUAAGAAACCUGUCUUAACCAUCCACAAACUAGUACUUCAGAGAGGGGAUAGCAAACUGAUCACUCCUUUUGAGUUGACAGCUGAGGACAAUGAUACCCCAGAUGAUCUUCUUCGAUUUACCAUCAAUCAGGUCCCCUCCCAUGGUAGAAUUUUAUAUGAUGGCAGCCAGCCUGUUUUCACCUUCACCAAACAGGCCCUGAAUAAGAAUCGGAUCAGCUACUGGCACGAUGGCAGUGAGACCAUGGAAGACAGUUUCUCCUUGACUGUGACAGAUGGCAAUCACACUGACUUUUAUGUCUUCCCAGACACUGCCUUUGAGACACACAAACCUCAAAUAAUGAGGAUCCAGAUAAGCUCCCUAGAUAACAAGCUUCCUCAGAUUGCCAUUAACAAAGGGGCCAUGGCCUUGAAGCACCUUCAUACUGGACACAUGGGCUUCCUGAUUACCAGCAAGUUUCUGAAGGCAGAGGAUCAGGACAGUUCCCACUGGCUUCUGAAGUAUAAAGUGAUCAGGGGACCAGAGCAUGGCUUCAUUAUCAACACUGGCCUUGGAAAUGAGAGCACACAAGUAUUUACACAAGCUGAUAUUGAUGAGCUGAGAAUCUGCUAUGUCUUGAAAGAGGGCAGCAAUGCAACAAAGGACAUCUUCUACUUUUCUGUUGAAGACCAUGGAGGAAAUAAACUAACAAACCAGCCAUUCCAGCUAAACUGGGCAUGGAUAUCUUUGGAGAAAGAGUACUACAUUGUAGAUGAAGAUUCCACAUUCUUGGAAGUGAUCCUUACACGCAGAGGCUACCUUGCAGAAACAUCAUUUAUCAGCAUUGGAACCAAAGAUGAAACUGCAAAAAAAGAUAAAGAUUUUAGAGGAAAGGUCCAGAAACUAAUCCAGUUCAGUCCUGGACAGACUGCGGCUACAUGGAGAGUGAGAAUUAUCCCUGACAAUAAAUACGAGGCUUCAGAGACCUUCCAGAUCAUUCUAUCGGAUCCUGUCAUGGCUGCACUAGAGUUUCCGGAAAUGGCAACCGUUGAAAUUGUUGACCCAAGAGAUGAAUCAACAGUCUAUAUUCCAGAGGCAGAAUACAAAGUAGAGGAGCAUGCUGGGGAGCUUUUGAUUCCUGUCAGGCGGUCUGGAGAUGCAAGCCAGGAACUAACAGUCAUUUGCUCUACACACCAAGGUUCUGCCACAGGCACAAUUCCUUCCACAGACUUGUCUUUCUCUGACUACAUUUCACGUCCAGAGGACCACACCAGUAUCCUCCGCUUUGACAAGGAUGAGAUUGAGAAGACCUGCCGUGUGGUGAUCAUUGAUGACUCCCUUUAUGAAGAGGAGGAGUCCUUCAGCGUCUCACUGAGCCUGACAAUGGGAGGACAACUUGGAGCCAAAUUCCCCAUUACCAGGGUGACUCUCCUGGCAGAUCAUGAGGAUGAGCCUGUCCUACACUUUGGGGUUGCUGAGUAUCAUGUCGAUAAAAGUGCUGACAAUCUGGAGGUUUGUGUCUGGAGAACAGGUCCUGAUCUUUCCCAAGCAGCCUCUGUCACCGUGCGUUCCAGAAGGACCGAGCCAGUCUCAGCAGCAGCUGGACUAGAUUAUGUCGGCAUCAACCGAAAUCUGGACUUCGCUCCUGGGGUACGCAUGCAAAUAUUCCAAGUGACGAUCCUUGGUGACCUGGGACAACCCAUCUUGGAAGGUCCAGUGAACUUUGAAUUAUUUCUUCAGAUGCCAAUAGGUGCAGUGCUUGGAGAACCAAAUAAAAGCAUCAUAUUCAUCAAGGACUGUAAGCAAAGUGUUUGUAUGUAG